AUGAAAAACUUGAAGAUAAAGCAGUUGGAAAAGGAAAAGGUUGAAAGUGAGAACUUACAACAACAAAAAGGUGUUAUCCACUUAAAAGAAACAGAAUCCAUGAAUCAGUGGGCUUACAACAUUGGUGAAGAGAAACCUGUGAUUAGGGUUGGGAAAAGCAAAGUGAUAGGCUUGACAGCGACAACUGAUGUACCCUCGUACUCACUACCCUACCCUCGUACUACCUUUCUCUCUCGCCUGGUCCCAUGUGCAGGUCUUAAUUCGUAG